AUGAAGCCUACAGCCAAGGUCUUCGAAUACUUGAACAAAUACAAUUAUUAUCUGCCCUAAAACUGUGAGUAAGUAUAGAAAAUGUAACUACAAUUCAUACUUCUAGGUUUUAUGAACAAAUGGUCUAGCAUUUGUAAUUAGAAGAUAGUUUCAGGAACUCAUUCAUUAGUUAAAUUGCAUAGAUUUAUCAAAGGGCAUAAAAGGAAACUGAAUUUAGACAACUCAUUCAUGAUACUUGGCUUGGAUUCAUAUAGAGAACUCCAAUUAAGGAAAUAUGUUAGUUGAAUUAAUAAGAAAUGAAAGAUGUCUAGGAAUUCAUUUUAAAAGUCUUAUUGGAGCCAACCUUGUUUGAUAUCACUUUUGUGGAUGAACUAUUAAUGAAUUACGAGACUUAUUUCAAUUCUGUAAAUACAAUUAAUGUAUUGUAGAAUAAAGGACUAGCCUAGUUAGUAGUUAGGAACAGGUUUAGAGUGACGAUCACUAAAUUGAUAUGUAGUAAAUUCAUAUUAUCAUUGGAUGAAAAAUUUAGAUAAAAAGUUCGCUCAUUUCUAUUUGACACUUACCUUAAAAAGAUAGAGACUCUAGAUUAGACUGCAGUAAUUUAAACUGAGUUUUUGACAAUUCAAAAUUUCUAUUAGAAGAUGUUUGAAUAAUUAUUUGAUAUCUAGGAAGCGCAAGGGUCUAUUUAUAAUAUCAUGAAAAAGGUGAUAGAUAUCAUAGUCAGAGAACUAUCCAAUACUGUUUAUUCAUUGGAGAUAUUCACUCAAUUCUAUCAACUUUAUAUUGAAAAGGAUAAGAUUCUAUUUGAUAAAUAUGAUCAGAAAACUAAUAUUGAUCAUAAUAAAUUAGCAAAUGAAAUCUUGUAGAAGUAUAAGGAACAUGAAAAUCUGAGAGAUGCGAUAAGACAAAUUGUUCACAAGGUCUUUCAUAGUCAGAAUAUUGAGUAUAAGAAAUUGUUGAAGGAGUUGGUGUCGUAAGACAUAUACAAUCGAGAGAAUGAACCAUGGGUUGUUUAGAUCUUGAGGGAAUUUGAUUAGUAUCAAAUUCAGAAGAAUCGUAAACAACCUAUUGAGAAUGAGUAUCACACUUAUUUGAGACUCCAAGGAUUUACUUAUAAAGGAGAGAAAAGAGGAGAAUUAGAAUAUGAUCAUGCUAAAUUCUCUCUUAUUAUUCAUGAUCAAACUAAUUUCUCAGUGACUAAUAAAAUAAUGAAACAAACCAAGAGAUUUAUAUCUAUCAAAGAAGCUCAUCAUUAUAUACAAAGUAGUCUCUAGAAUCUUAAUAAUUGA